AUGAGACGAUCAUACCAGUUAGCGGGAGAUGAAAGUUAUACCGGAGUGACCUUCACGGAAACAAUACGAUGGGAUAUUCAUAGAAGUUUUAUAUCAAAAAGAUUGUCAAAAACUGUGUCACAAUUAAAACAAGUUAUCGAAAACACACGCUGGGGCAAUGUGUUUGAUAUGUGUGAACAGAUCGUUGUAAUAUAUGAACUGGCUAUACGAUCGAUCGAUGAGAGGAGGGUGGGUCUAACUGAUUUGCGUACGUUACAAGGGACCUCAGGUCCGGGUGCACCUGCGCGUUUCACUCCAAAAUUAUUGCACUUCCCUUCAUACCUCCCCCCCGUAACCCGCCACCCCGCUACCCUUCCCCCGCUCCCCGCGCCCACUGACGACCUUCGGAGCUGCAUCCCUGGCCAAACGCCAAAUGCAUACCUCUUUACAUUUCAUAACAUCUUAAAUUAUACCAACAAAUUAUUGCACCGAUAUUGUCUAACCUUACUGACCAUACGCUAA